ACGUGAUGUGGGCUGGGCCAGCAGUCCAUCCCGCUUUGUGAGGCAAAGAUCAAGAUUCCUCUGCUACGUGGGGAGGAGAACGCAAUUUUCAGGGCAGAGUUUCUCUCCUUAAAGUAAAGCAGACCAAACAGAUCUGACACAGUUUCAAAAGAAGUCUUCAGUGCCUCCAUACAAGAAAAAAAGAGGAAAGGAGAGUUUUGCUGGUGUCCCAUCCUCAGGUCAGAAGGGGAAGUAGCAGGCAUGAAAGAGCUUGCAUAUUUUUCCUUCUGAUGAAGAGAGAAGCUAAAACAUGACUACUUCUACCUACCAAAACCUCUCUCUGAUGUCUGUCCCCUUAACUGCUCAUCUGUUCUCAACUGUUUGCUACUACCACCUAUACCACCAUGUGGUUAGAAACGCAGUGGAAGAACAUUCGCCAAGCCUUGUUGCUUCUUUUCACUGCUGCUCUUCUCAUUGGGGUCACCAUGCUGGCCAUUACUUCUAACAUCAACCCAGUAGGCUAUUUCUUCCUAGGAGUAGGAGGAGUGUGCCUGGUUGGGUAUUUGCUGAGUGUGGUUGUCGAGUGUUACCUGAAGAAUUAUCGCCGACAUGACACAAAUGAGAUACCUCCAAGCAGACAAAGCCAAGCAGGGGUGAAUGCUGCCUAUGAAGCACCCACCUAUGAGGAAGUGAUGACUAUGUCAGCUCCAGCAAUAUGGACAAUUGCAUCCAAUCCAAGCUUAGUGCCCUCACCACUGAAUGAGCCUCCUCCUUACAACAUUGUUAUUGAAUCAUCUGCCCAAGAAGAUAUCAUGGUGGAGGCUCUCAGGGUGUCAGUGCCAACAGGCACAAGUGGGACCUCUGAGACGGACAUAGGUUCCAGGAUGCAGCUGCAGCUGGUGCUGCCCCCAAGGCUGCAACGGUUUGUUUCAGACAUCCAUGAAGUAAAAGGUAUUGAACAACGGUUUGAGCCACUGGAGCCACUCACUCCACCACCGGCUUAUGAGAGUGCCAUUAACAAUGAUGUCUUUGAAGAUACUUUCCAGCCCUCCAUAUUAUCAUUAAUUUCGCCUUCCAUGAAUGAAGAACCAAACCCUCACCCCAAUACAGGGUGCUCCUGGAGGGAAGGUGAAAGUGCUGAUAUUUUUCAUGCCUGAAACUGUAAAACUCUGUCUCACCAUUAUUCAAACCAGAGCUGAACUACAGACAAAGCUUCUGAUCUCACAAGAACCUUUUUGCACAAAAUAUAAAUUGAUGUAAUACCACAAUGCUUUGUCUAGGCAGAUCUGUAAAAAUACUGUGAGGAAAGUUGUGUUACAUACAGCAACAAUUCUCAAACUGGAGAUACACCUUUGUGAGGGAGGAGAGUGAAUCAUGAGAAGAGACAAGGUUUCCAAAAGACCUCUGAAGAAGGACUGUAGGAUGCAGUGAGGAGAAACUGCCUUGGAAAAAGAAGCAAUAGGAACUGCACUGAGUAGAUUCUGCCUGUGUGUUACAAACAGCAACGUUGCUGAGAGCUGUGUGACCAUCAGCCACCCUAAAAUUCUGACUGAGAGACUGAGGCUGUAAUUCCCCAUGUUGCUGUUUCACAGGAACACAAACUUAUGGCCUGUGCUAUUUGUUGCUAUCCCUCUGCUGCACCCGCUCCAUGUCCUCGGCUGUGCUGCCAUGGAGUGUGGCUGAGGGUGGCUGUCCUCAUUUGGGACCCAGCACCACCCGAUAUCUGUCACUUGGCAUUGCAAAGCUGAUGGCAAGCACAGCACCGUGAAACUACUGCUGUUGUUAACACAGUUAUCAUCCCACACAGCCUGCAAUGGUGGGCAAGAGGGACAAAAUAGCAGUUUUACUUCUGCAAGAGAGUCUGGCAGUAGAAUACAUGUACAUAUACAUAUACACAUACACAUAUAUGUAUCCUUCACUAGGACCACCAGUCUUAGCAGCUCUACAGGAGGGUGUAUUUCUUGGCUGUACUACAGCCCCAAACAGAUCACUUGAGAUAUUUCAUUGUCAUCAUGGCAAACAUUUGCACAGAAAGGUCAGUGCUCCUCUAGCUCUCUGUAAUGACAUCAUGCAUGGAGGCUUCUCUCUGGACUCUGGAAAGUGCCGGUCUGACAGCAGAGGACACAGCUAUAGCGGAGAGCACAUAAAGAUAGCAGUUCCAAGACACACAUGGUUUGCAUCAUGACAGCUCUAGGUUGCAUCCAGGUUAUAGCUCUCACUGAUCAGUGACGGUGUGUGCUUUUUUAAAACGGGUGAGUUAAACUGAUGGGCUCUGCAGCAUUAAAGUGGUCUGCAGUAUGCAAAUAAACAUUCGUGGCUGGCAAAUUUCCAAAUCAAAACAAACAAACAAACAAAAAAUGGUGGUCCAAAUCUCCUGUGAAGGAGAGGAGUAAUCAUAACAGCCUUGUCACAUACAAUUACAUCAUUUUUUAUUCAUGUGAAGAACCAUCAAACCACACACUAGAAGCAAAUAAAUUAUUUCUUAUUGCUUGAUUCUUUAUACUUCAAAGAAAAAAAUACUUUUAAUGUUGUUUCUAAAUAAAUGGGACCGCAUUAAAAAUA